AUGGAAGAACUUGAAGCAUGGGACGAUUUAUCUAACAUUCCGGCUGACCCUCCAGUCAUGCGCAAACUAUGUGCGGACUGCAGGAGACCAGCAGUAGUUUGUUGGUGUUCAGCAUUACCACCGGAAAAGUUGAAUCCUCGCAGCACUGUCAUAUUGUUACAGCAUCCUGCUGAAGAAAAAAGAUGUUUAAGAACAGCUCCCAUGUUGCAACUAGGUUUAGCAUCUAAUAAGUGCCUUAUAUUCAAAGGAAAAAAGUUCCCUCAACCCAGGCAUAAAGACUUGGAAAUUUUGCUCACACAGCCAAAUACACUUUUGUUGUAUCCUAGCAAAACUGCCAUAGACAUAAGAGACAUGGAGAAUGAUACUGAUAGUUACAAUUUAGUACUAAUAGAUGGCACUUGGCCUCAAGCUAAGGCCAUAUAUGCAUCCAGCCCAAUACUGCACAACAUUAAACAAGUUAAAUUAUUGACUAGCAAUACUAGCAGUUAUAUUAUAAGGACACAACCAACAGAAGGAUGUCUGAGUACACUGGAGACUGCUGCAGAAGCCUUAUCACAAUUGGAACGGGACCCAAAAUAUACUGAACUCUUAAUACAACCCUUACACACUUUGUGUAAAUAUCAAUUAGAAAAUGGAGCAGUAACACACCAAUCUAAAGAGUUUCUUAUUAAAACCAGGACAUAUCCCAAAUUGAUUGGUAAACGGUUAUCUAAGUUACUUAGAUCCACACAAGAAGAAUUGCCUGAUCAAACAUAA